AUGAAUCAAUUGCACAAGCUUGUCCUCUCUUCGAAUGAUAUUGUUGGGGAAAUUCCUAAAGACCUAGGAAAAUUGAAGUUGCUGUUAGAGCUUUCAUUGGGCUGCAACCAUCUUGAAGGCCACAUCCCUCAAGAACUUGGAGGGUUGCUUAGUCUACAGAAACUUGAAAUUGCAAGAAACAACUUGAGUGGCUCAAUUCGUACAGAACUUGGGGGGUGCUCCAAACUUCAGUUCUUGAAUUUAAGCAGGAAUAAUCUUGAAAACAGCAUUCCUGUGGAGAUCGGCAAUCUUCGGUCUCUUCGAAUUCUUGAUUUAAGUCAAAAUUUGCUUACGGGAGUAAUACCUGGACAACUUCAACAACUGUAUAGAUUGGAAAUACUCAAUUUCUCACACAAUCAGCUUUCAGGUUUAAUUGAGUCGACCUUUAGUGAUAUGGUAAGUUUGACAUCCAUCGAUAUAUCAUAUAAUGAGUUAGAGGGUCCUUUACCAAACGUUCUUGCCUUUCGUAAUGCUACAAUUGAAGAUGUGAGAGGAAACAAAGGCUUGUGUGGAGUUAUUGCUAGUCUCAACCCUUGUACAGCAACAACGUCCAAAGGCAAGAACAAAAACAAAAAGUUGCUGCUAAUUUUGAUUCCUACUUUAGGUUGCCUACUUUUGUUGCUUCUUGUUGUGGGAAUUUCAAAUAUAGUAUGCCGAAGAUCAAGGAAAAUAGAGACUAGUUGGAACAAUGGACACAAUGGAAACUUGUGGGCAAUAUUAAGCUUCAAUGGAAAUGUAGUCUAUAAGAGCAUUAUUGAAGCCACGGAGGAGUUUGAUGCCAAAUAUUGCAUCGGUGUGGGAGGACACGGGAGUGUUUACAAGGCCCAUUUGCAAACAGGUGAGACUUUUGCAGUAAAGAAAUUUAAGGAAGCAGCGGAAGUCAAAAUCGCUAGUCAAAAAGCAUUUGAAAGGGAGAUUCAUGCUCUGAUUGAAGCUCGGCAUCGGAAUAUUAUCAAGCUCUAUGGCUUUUGCUCGAGCUCUCAACAUUCAUUUUUGGUGUACGAGUUCUUGGAAUCAGGCAACUUGAAGGAUGUAUUGAACGAUGAAAAGAGGAUAACAACAUUUGACUGGAACAAGAGAGUGAAUGUCAUUAAAGGUGUAGCUUAUGCUCUGUCUUACAUGCACCAUGAAUGCUCUCCUCCUAUAGUUCAUCGAGACAUGUCGAGCAAGAACAUUUUAAUGGAUGAAGAAUAUGAAGCUCACGUCUCUGAUUUUGGCACGGCUAAGGUUCUACAUCCCUACUCAUCCAAUUGACUUCCUUUGGAGGCACUUUUGGAUAUGCAGCUCCAGGUAAGUUGGUUUCUUCAAUAAAAAACAUUCAAUUAAAUUGCCUUACUAAG